AUGCUGUCUACCAACCCCCUUCUUCUGCCGCUCUUCGGCUCCGUUGCGAGCGCCGCCAACCUAUGGGCUAGCCAUUACUCGGGUACCCUCAACUACCUCACUUUUAGCGGAAACUCCUUGACUCUGAGCGGCUCAACACCUACCGGCAAUAAUUUGCCAAGCUGGCUUACAUACGACCAUGCGGGAAAGGCCAUCUACGUUGCAGACGAAAUCUUCACGGGUCAGAGCGGGGGAAAUCUCGUGUCCUUUGCUGUCGGCAACAACGGUACCUUGAGCUCGCAAAGAAAAGUCCCGACCCCUCAGGGCGUCGUCGCAACGACGCUCUAUGGUGGUUCUGACGGGCGAGGCUUUAUUGCCAAUGCUCACUACCAAACUUCCCAACUGACGACUUUCAAGCUGCCAUUGGACGGCCAGCAGCCACUGCAGACAAUCAAGUACGUUGGCAAGAGUGUCAACCCUUACCGACAGGAGGCUGCUCAUCCCCACCACGCCUUUGUGGACCCAACUGGAGAUUUCCUCAUUGUGCCGGAUCUUGGAUCCGAUCUCAUCCGUAUUCACAAGAUUGACAAGAAUUCGGGAAAGCUCACGGAAUGCACCCCUGCAAAGCCCGUUCCUGGAACCGGACCCCGCCACGGCGUCUUCUGGAAGCCCUCGGCGAAAUCCUCCCGAAUCCGACAAGCUGGAGCCAACACGGUUCUCUUCAUCGCCAAUGAGCUGUCCAACAGCAUCUCUGGAUGGGCUGUAUCCUACCCCUCUGGAGGAUGCCUGACUUUGACCCUCAAGCAAACAUUGACCCCAUACCAAGGCAACGCCACCGCCGUUACCGGUACCAAGGUUGGCGAGAUCCACGUCAAGGACCAAUACGUCUACAUUUCCAACCGAAACGACAAGAAGUUUAAUGGCCAAGACUCCAUUACUCAGUACACCAUUGACUCCACCGGAGGUCUUACGUGGACUGAUCUUACUUCGUCUCACGGCACUUAUCCCCGCACUUUUGACAUCAACAAGGCGGGCGACUUCGUGGCCAUUGGCGACCAGACCACUGCAAAUGUCGCUAUUGUUACCAGAGAUGUCAAGACUGGCAAGCUCGGCCAGAAAGUAGCUGACUUGAGGAUUGGUGCUGCCGGCAGACCUGAGAACGAGGACGGUCUGAGCGCUGUUGUAUGGGCCGAGUAG